GGAUUUGCGCCCUAUGCAGUCGGUCUGUCAAGUUCUCUCAAGGGAAUGUGCCACAGGGAAGGCUACGAACGAAGUUAGCGCGCAGGUCAAGUCCAAUAUAAAGCAGUGAAUGGUCCCCGGGCGCCCAAGGUGACCAUGAUGCCUACCACCGCUGUAGGGAAGAAGCUGGAUCUCUCCACACUGACAGAGGAGGAGGCCCAGCACGUGUUUCAAGUCGUCCAGAGAGACUUUGACUUGAGGAAGAAAGAGGAGGACAGACUGGGGGAGCUAAAGACGCAGCUAGAGAAGGAGGACACCAAGAGAGAGCUGCUGGGCACUGGGACCAGCCUGACAGAGUCCCACUGCAUCCGCUGCUUGCAGCCCUUCAAGUUCCUUGUUAACAGCAAGCGCCAGUGUCUGGACUGCCAGCUGUACGCCUGCAAAGCCUGCAGCCGCUACAACAAGAAGGAGCACGGAUGGGUAUGCGACCCCUGCCACAUGUCCAGGGUCCUUAAGAUUGGCACUUUGGAGUGGUACCAUGAGAAUGUGCGCUCCCGUUUCAAGCGCUUUGGCAGUGCCAAGGUGAUGCGCUCGCUCUACAAGAGGUUGAGUGGCGAUCUCAGCGCCUCCCAGAGUGACCUGAGAGAGCCUCGUGAAGAUGACACACACAGCAUGCCCGAAAGCCACAAUCUCUAUGAUGAGAACAACAUGGACACCGUGGCAGAUGGACAACACUACAGAAUGAUGAAAACGACCAAGCGACUGCUCACUGUGCACCCCGUCGACUUCGGUCUGGACCUUAACUACUCCACCCACUCUCUGUCUCGACAAGAAUCCUGUCAGAGUCCACAGAGCAGUCUGGAGGGCGGCACACGGGAGUCCCUGACAGCCGAGGCCGACAUGGCCUGCAUGUUCCAGCAGAUCCUGGAGGAGCAGGGUGAGAGACACUCUGAGUUCAACACGGAGGUCCUCCACAGCCGCCGGAUGAGUCUGCUGGACAAGCCGGCCCGCUUCGGUCCCCCCGUCUAUGAACUCUCUAUCCGGACAGACGAGGUGCCGUACCCAGAGAACUGGAUGAUGCGGGCACGAUCCUUGUCCAGGAUGAGCCAGUCUUCGUGUGGCAGUGCCAACAACGGGCACCUUCGCAGCAGCGGACAACUGUAUGGCCUGGAGGACUCGGAGGAAGAGGAAGAGUACCAGCGCCAGUACCAGCGUCUGCCGUCGCGCCGACGUAGUCACAGCCACUUCUCCUCACAGGAAAGCCUCAACCACGGGGCACCGCCACAGAUAACUGAGCUGAACAGACGCAUGUCGGUCAUUGAGAAACUACUGAACCGUCUGGAACAGAAAGUGACAUCCCCCUAUGACCAGGGCCAGUCUUGUACUUCUCCCCUGCCCCAGUGGGAGGAGGUGGACCUGGAGGAACUGCAGCUGAGGCAGAAGCUGGACCAGCUGACGGGCAACAUCAGUGACAAGGGUCUGUCCUCGGAGGAGGAUGAACCCAAGAGGCCCCCAUCCCCUAAGGAGAGCCCAGGGUGGGGGAGGCGCCUUAGGGGGGACGUGAGCCCAUCCGGGUCCCUCUCCAGACCCUCCUCCAGACCGGGCAUCAUGAUCAGCCCACCCAUCGAUGAACUGCAGGAGCCCUCUGAAGUACAGGCCUAUUUUUCAACAGGACAUUCCAGGAGCCUCCGUGAGGGCAGUUCUCUGCCCCGCUACCGUCCCACCACCACCACAGAGCUGUUUGAGCUGGAAGGCAAGGUGGCGAUGGCCGCUGCCACAGUACAGAGCACAGUGAGCGAGGUGACAGACAUCGAGAACAAGAUCGCUGCCCUGAGUGCUGCUGGGAUGUCUGUGGAUAUGACCAGGAGAAAGUCAACUGUCCCUCCCCAAAGAAGGAGAAGUGCCUAUGACCUUCCAACAAAAACCAGUAAUGGCACAGGGUCAUUGAGGAGGAAGUUGAGCAUCUUGUAACUGAGUACAGUGAUUCUUAUAACAGAGAAUCUGCUGGAGCAGGAGUCCAUUUUGUGUCAAGUUCUUUCAUUGGCUAUACAUUAUUGUGAACUGAACCUAAUAAUGCCAUUAUUUCUCUGUUUGUUUAUUACAUUCACUCAAUAUUAUUUCUAAUAUUAUUUAUAUUCAAAAAUGUGAAAUGUUAUGCUUCAUGUUACAAUGUCUUAAUGCAUUUGUUGAACAGUAAAACAACUUUAAAAAAAACAUUAUAGCAAUGAUGUAGCUGCCAACUUUAUUAAAAUUUACUUAUGACUAGACUUAGACAUCCAUAGUACAUUAACUGUAAUCUCAUGUUUGUACUACUAUUGAAUGAGCCUGUUGAAAAGCUUUAUUAACUUCACUAUUAACAGAUUACACAAUUAUAUGUAGGGUUUUCUCCAGAGAAUUGCAGCUGUUUCUCAUAUAGGCUUCAUUCCAUAGGGAUCAUGGAACACUUUGUAGGAACUAAAUCUCAGAGGUCAAUUGAUAAACCAAUUCCAGGAGGCACAUAUGGUUCUCCAUUGGGUUCCAGUCUAUAUGCUUUCUGACAUCAAGGGACAAGAGAUUGAGUGAUGGUCUGCGUCCAGACCCGGCGCCAGAACAAAUCAUUUGGACUGCCUUUGCUUUCCAUAGGCGGGCCCGUUUUUUCACAGGACCUCAUGCGUGGUCAUGCGCGUUCACAGUUUUUUUAAAUUGGUGUAAUAGUAAAGCCCAUCCGCAGCUCGUGGGUUUCAAGUUCGGGAAGCUUACUAUUUAUCCUACCAUUUUCUGCGUGACAGUUCUGAUUAUUUUUAUACGCACAUUUUCAAUAAUAACGUUUUCAUGUAUCAAAAUCAAUGACUUUGAUUAUCGAGGCUGGGAGUGUUGGGAAGAUUUUUCAAAUACUGACGAACAAUCAUUCGCAAUGGAUGUUAAAAAAAAACAGACUUUGUUGACUUGUGUGAGAUGAAUAAUAAAUGUGUGGUGUAAUGUUACGUGGUGAUUUAAUCAGAAAUAAGGCAGGAGAGAGACGUACCAUAUUUUUGCCACACGACCCUUACCAUUUUUCUUGAUGCAGUAUUUUAAAUGAUACUCAAGACACAUUUUAGACGCUUUUCACUGACAGCCGCAACUCAAUCAGGUAGACCUAUUGCCACGCGCACUACACAAAUUGUGGGCUAAAUAGAUACAGCAAUUUGAUGCUUUAAUAUUAGGGCAUAUAUUCAGGAUAUACACACAAACAUGGGUGCGUGAAUGAUGCAAGAGGUUAGAACUGAUUGCCGCUAUUGUACUAUGUUAAACAGUAAAGUAUCAUUCAUGUAGUUUUUAGUACAAUAGACUUAAUACUGCUUUUCUGCUACUGAAUUGCUCUGUACAUUUGUAGUCAUCUGAAUGAAUUAAUUUGAAUGAAUUUGUAUCCUCUGCAUGAACCAUUAAUUGCUAUUUUAUAUUUAUUAGUAGAUAUCCUAGUGUGAACAUCACUACAAAGUAUGUGAACCAUGUUUCCAAUACUAUAGUGCCAAGUAACACCUUUGACAUUGUACUAAUUAAAAUGUAAACAAAGUCAA